CAAUAGCACACGAUUCAACCCUGCAGAUUCUUUAAUUGCUUGUUAUCUCUAUAAAAAUCAACCUGGCGCCAUAACAUAUUACACCACCAAUUAACUCUACAUGGGUUUGAAUUUGCGGCCUAAGGAACCUCGCUGCAGGUGGGUUCAGUACCAUAUGGAGCCAUGCAGCUCACCAGAAAAUUAAGAAUAAACAUGUAAGAUUCACAAGGAAUUGUCAACGACUGGGUUAGUGGAUUCCAUGCUAUGCUUGCCAGAUCUGGUCUGAUAUUCCUGCCUACAAGGAGAAAAAAGAAAUCUGACCCGUAGGAAGUGGAAUCGACCUUCAGUAGAUGGUGAGUGCCUAAAAAGCUGUGCUUUAAACUAAAGUUUGAAAAAUAUCAGGAGUUAAAGGACCAUAAUUAAUAACAAAGGUCUUGGAAAGCGCGAUUACAUGUGUGAUGCAAGAAAGACUUAUAGAUCUAGGUGAAUAUUGAAGUUUAUGUAUCAGAAAAAAUAAAGUAAGUUCUUUCGAUACACUUAUUUCCACAGUCUCAAAGAAUCUGCAUUAGAGCUGACUUAAGAUGUACAGUAGCCUUGAAAAAAAUUAUAAACAUGGCUUUUUAAAAAUUUUAAUGUACAUCAUUAAGUGAGAUAUCGGCCAAUUUUUAUUUCAUAUAUGAGACAUUUUGUUAAUUAAAUAGUGGCGAUUUUUAUUUUAUAAAACAUAGUUGAUAAAUAUGUUUUAUUUAUUUUUUAAACUUUUUAUUUAAUAAGGGUCUUGAAACAUUGCUAAAGUUGUAUUUAAACAUUGCUAUAAUGGUUUAACUUGUUUUUUGGCCUUGAUUUUGCUGCUGGAAAUUGGUUAAGAUAGGCCAGUGUUGGUGAGUUUCCUCAUUUCUUGGACUUUUGAGGUUUCUUGAAUUUUUUUCCAACAAAUAUUAAAAUUGAUAUGAAAUAAGUCUAUUUGUAUUUUAUUUAAAAUGCUUAUAUUUCAUGUCAUUUUAAAUAAACAUAAGGGUUCUUAUAACAAAAAAAAAAUUAUAUAACAAAAAUAAUUUCUAAAUUGAGGGGAAAUAGUGAAGAUUGCUAAUUCAAUUUAAUUUUAUAAUAAUUUUGAAUAGUAUAAUUGAAUUCAAUUAUAUAGUUUAGUAUUUUAUUCCAAACAUAAAAAUUAUAAUAGAUCAUCAAUUGAAUUCAAAUAAUAUAUGGAAUUGAGUUCAUUUUCAUAUGUGAUUUAAUUCCAAACAGGCUAUAUGCGCAAAUGCACAACUAUAUUAUAGUCCUAAAAUCUUAUAAUCAUACAAACAACUCUUUCAAAAUUUACCAUCAUUUUUUGCCCAAACAACCUUUAAAGAAUCACAAAAGUAAUAAAUAGAGUUUGAUCCUUAUUACAUUCCCCCCUUGCAACCUCCAAAUAAUUAUAAAUUAUUAUAAAUUACAUACAUGAGGUUAUAAACCUUAAAAAAGACCUUAGACAAUUUUUAGCAUUUCUUUUUAUCACGAAUUUCUUGAUCAUUAAGUUAUCGAAAUUGCCCAUAUCUAACAAUGUGACUUUAUCUUGUUAAUUUUAUUUUUUCUACUUUUCUUUUAAUUUCUGAGAGAAACAUGGUUGUUAAUAUGUGCAAGAACAACACGGGAAAAGUUUUGGGAAUAAUUGGUUCGUACAAAAAGAAAGCAAACCAUUUUUUAUCCAAAAGGAAAACUAAGAAUGAUAAAUCGAUAGUUCUAGAACUUUAAGAACCUUAAGGUCGAACACAUGACGAAUGUAGGGCACAAGCAAAGGACUAUUUAUUUGGCAAGUGUUCGCAUGGAAUUUAACGCCCUAUUUAAGUUUUGAAGGCUUCUUCAGUGUAAAUAAUUGCAACUAAUUCAAAGGCCUGAAGCAACAUGAAUCGUCUUCGAGCCAAGACACUUGAAGGCUUCUCCAUUGAAUAUUCUCAGUUAAUUUGUGAAGUUUCGAUCAAGAGAAAAUCUUGGCGAAAAGAUGGAAGACCAAGACGCUGGAAGAUACAAGCCCAACGCCCCAAAGACUUUGGUAAAGUUGAAUACGUUCUGAGAGCUUGGCUGGCUAGCUUACAAGUUUUGAUGGGGGCUGAUCAGCAACAAGGGUUACCGUCUUAUUACAGCAUUCUUGGUGUUAGUUCCGAGUCUUCUUUUAAUGAAAUAAAGCGUGCUUAUCGCAAGCUUGCUAUGCAAUGGCAUCCUGAUAGGUUGACAAGAACACCUUCGCUUUUGGGUGAAGCCAAACGUAAAUUCCAGCAAAUUCAAGAAGCCUAUGCGGUGUUAUCCGAUCAUAGAAAAAGAACAAUGUAUGAUGCAGGAUUAUAUGACCCCGAAGAGCAAGAAGAUGAGGGCCUUUCUGAUUUUGUGCAAGAAAUAUUGAAUCUCAUGGCCCAGGAUAAGAGACAGGAGAGAAAAAAAGGGUGGAUAAGAGUUUUGCUUCUUAUCAUCAUCACUAGCGUUCUAAAAUUAUGGUGGAAGAGAGUGUGCAAAGUUUAUCAACAUGGGGGAGUAGUUCGGAAAUCUUCAAGUCAAAAGCCACUGUGUAGGGACUAAUGUCCCACUGCUGGCACUUUGUGCUGUCUGGACAGGAUGCUAAAACACCCAAGAUCUGAAGCAUCCUUUCGCUAGGAUUGAAUUCUACAUUCUAAAAUUAACUGACCUUUAAUGACAGGGAAAAGGAAUCUUUAUCAUUUGGGUGUUGUGGAAAUCUUGUUUGUGGCAAUUUUUAUGCCAAUUUGUUUCUGAAAUGUAUAGCUUGGUUGAUCGGUGUGCUUCUCUUUUUAAUACCAUCUUCAUGAA